AUGGUACCUUUUUGGAGGCCUUCGCUCGAUCGCUUCGAAGAUCGCAAGCUUUCCCAAAACACUGCCAACCACCAUCCGCACGAACCAUCAUCGUCAACCUCACCUCCGCUAUUCUCAUUUGACGACAUUGGCGGUCUUGUACCACCAUCCCACGAAGAAAUAACCGAUCUAGCCCUCGUACAGGACCUCGAACGCGGCGCCCGCCGCGAGGCCACCGAUGGCGACCAGGGCGCCAAUGCAUUGAUCACUCUCAAUGCAGAUCACAACGAACGAUCCAAUGUAGCCAUUAUUAUCUUCGCUAUCGAGCGCGCUUUAAACGCUCUGCUUCGCGCCCUUUUCAUUCUUGCGGGCAACCUGGAGCGGUUGAUCAGAGACCUGCUCCGCUGUUACGACUGCAUGUUGGCCCCGGUAAGGUAUGCCACCAACCUGAUUUUUCCACUCUGCACUGCGUGCGACACAACCUCCCCGUUAAAUAAUGCUCUACGACCUCAACCUCGCCUGGGCGCCAGGUUGCCCGCCACCGAUCUCGAGCGCACCCUCCAAUUCGCCAAAAGCCUCGGCUACAACGACGUCUCCCUCAACCACAUUUGCACGGGAUGCAUCCCAACCUCAUCCACGCCCAUCACCAACCAAAUCAUGGAGCCAACGCUGCAGUCGAUCCUUGACCAGCGGUCGCUGCGUUGGAUCUUCGUUGGCGGGAAGGGCGGCGUGGGCAAGACGACCACAUCCUGCUCGCUGGCCAUCCAGCUCGCCAAAGUGCGCCGCUCCGUGCUGCUCAUCUCAACCGACCCGGCCCACAACCUCAGCGAUGCUUUCAGCCAAAAGAGGGUGGUGGUCAGUAGUGAGGCGAGGGGGGUGUUGGGACUGAGAGGGCCGGCGGAUGUGGUGAAUCUGAUGGCGGUGUGGGGGUUGAGCCCGGAGAAGGGGUUUGCGGCGCUGGGGGAGGGGGCGAGGGCGGUGGUGGUGAAUGAGGGGAUUAAGAGGCGCGGGUUUCGGGGGGUGGUGGAUAUUGUGAAGCCUGCGGAGGGUGGGGAGGAGGUGAGGAAGGGAGAUGGGGAUGGCGAGGGGGAGGGGGAGGGGGGAAAUGGGGUAAAGGGUGGGAAGAAGCAGAAGCAGCAGCAGCAGCAGGGUCAACAGGGCCAGAAGAGGAAGAAUGGUGGUGGCGGCGGCGGCCAGACGGGGGAAAUGAGCAAGAGGCAGGCGAAAAAGAUGAAGAAGGAGGCUUCGCAAGCAAAGGCCUAA